AUGACAGAGGCAACAGAUAAUCCUUUUGCCCAUUAUUCCAAUGUUUACCUCACCAUACUGGCUCUGUUCUGCUUCAAGCUAUUUAUCAAGAUAAGCCUCAACUGCCUCUCCUACUUUUACAUCAUCAGAGGGAACCGCAGGAUAUCUGCAGAGUUCUAUGAUUUUGGUCAAGGACACAGGUCCUGGGCUGACCGCUCACCCUUACAUGAUGCUGCAUGCCAAGGUCGUCUCCUAGCUCUGAGGAAUCUCAUUUUACAGGGCCACAAUGUAAAUGUAGUCACUAUAGACCAUGUGAGUCCUCUCCACGAGGCCUGCCUUGGAGACCAUGUAGCAUGUGCCAGAGCUCUGAUCGCUGCAGGAGCCAAUGUGAACAUCACCACCAUUGAUGGGGUGACUCCCCUUUUCAACGCGUGCUCAGUGGGCAGUGUAUCAUGCGCAGAGGUCCUCCUGGAGAACGGGGCCAAACCCCAGUCUCUGGUAUUUCAGCCCUCUCCCAUUCACCAAGCCAGCAGUAAAGGCAGCAGUGGGUGUGUGGAGACUCUAGUCAGAUGGGGAGCCGACGUGGACUUUCACAUUCCUCACCUGGGAACGCCCCUCUACACCGCCUGUGUCUCUCAGGAGAUAGAGUGUGUCCAGAGGCUGCUGAGGGAAGGAGCAAAUGUACAGAAAGGUAGAUAUAUGGAGUCUCCCUUACAUGCUGCCGCUGAGAACGACUGCAUAGCCAUUGUUAAGCUGCUGUUGGACUUUGGGGCAGAUAUCCACGCCAGGAACAUGGAGUUCCAGAGGCCUGUGGAGGCUGCUCCCCCCAGCAGCCUGACAGAAGGGUUCCUACUGGUCUAUGAGGCCACGCCCCAACCAUUGAGUCAGCUGUGUCGACAGCAUAUCCGUGACCGUGUGGGCCACGACAGGUUUCACCUCAUCAACCAUCUUCCCCUGCCCAACCCCCUCAGGAACUACCUCCAGUACAGAUGAUGAGCAUAGAAUGUCACAAUUUCAAAGGCUGUGGUGGUGGCAUCUUCCUUGUGUCAAUCAUUCAUGGGAACUCAACAGCCUGCAAGGAUUGAAGGGGCACAACUUGACUUGAAGCAAUGAAAUACAUAGUUGAUUUAGCCUAUACCUGAUUUUAGUAUGGUUCACAAGCAACUGCUCAAUAACCAGCAACCAUGGUUUGCUAUGAACGUUUUCAAGGGAGAGUUUCAUUUAAAUCCAGAGCAGGACUGUUAAAGGCACUUUGAAAAUUAGUGCCUCAUCAAUAUUUUGCAGCAGGUUUAUAAAUUAAUCAGUGGCUGGCGCAUAUGCUCAUACAAUAACACAAUUUAAAGUGCUUUCAUAUUAUGGAAAAUACAAUAUUUGGAUUGUUAUAUUAUAAUGGUUUAUCGCUUUGUUAUGUAUUUGAGAUUUUACCUGUUCAUCUGCAAAACUUGAAAAUCAUCAAAAUCUUACCAUUAUCAUUGAGAAUACUUCACUCCUGCAUUCAUAUCCUCAAAAAAUAUAUAUAUAUAGAUAUAAACUUGCUUGCUUGAUGUGUUUUAUUAUGUGUGAUCUUAUUGUCUGAGCUGCUUGAUAUUAUUUUAUUAAAACGUUUAGAAUUCAA